UCAUAAACAGCACACAUCACUGCGGACUUGACCACCGCGAGAUACACACGGCUUGAGUUAUUUUUAUAUAAUAGUAUUAUAGUUUGUGUUGUGCAAAAUGAGUGGAAAUUUUCUUACGAUACCCGGAGAGAGACACAUACGAUCGCGGAGUUCGUCGUUAACGGAUUUAAUAUCGACGUUCGACAACAAGGCGCAGGCGCACAGUGAACUACAGAAAAUAACAGCAUUCAGUGGGCAUUUCGACAAGAACCUUAAACCAACAUUUUCAAAGGAUGAAUAUGGAAAGCCUAUCCCUGGUUCAAUGACAGAGUACAGAGGUGCAGAGGCUCAAGCGAGAGUAUGUACAGAGAUGAAGGAACUUUGUGAAAUUAUUCACGAAUACGGAAAAACUCCAUGCAAAAAUCUUCUCCCGCCUGAACUGAAGGAUGCCACUAAAGUAAUUUCGUUCGGCGAACUAUUCACAAUCUACACUGUAAUCUCGGACAAACUCGUCGGAAUCUUGCUGAGGACGAGAAAACAUCAAUUAACUUUCUUCGAGGGCGAAGUUUUGUUUCAGAAACGCGAUGACGACGUGCCGGUCUUCUUAAUGCAACCCAUAGACGACAUCAGAGAAUACUGCAACAACAAAGCCUUACAAGCCAGACGAUCAGUAUCUCCAAUGCCUACUUAAGCUUUAAGUAACCGUUACAAGUAGAUCUGCUCACCAACCCGUGGAGUGAAAUUCUUUUUAAAUCUCUAAACGUUAAAUGAACCACAUAUAAUCGAUAAUUGCAUAGCAUUUUACGUACAUAUGAGAGAAUGUUUCAAUGACAUUAGGUUUAAAGUUAUCCAAAGAAAUUGAUAUACGAGUAAACUUUAAGUUGGCUAAUAAAUAAUACUUAUAAUAGAGGAUAUAUAGAAAGUAGCCAAUAUUCGUAAAAAUAUAGUUCAGGGACAAAAGAUCCGGGGCGUAACAUAGAAAAUAUUAGGGUACAAGAAUCAACCCUUUAACCAUAUG